ACAAAUCCCUUUCAUUUCAUGCUCCCCUUCCGUGGGCCCCUCCUUCUCCCCCUCCGAAGAACAGACUCUCCGGCACAACUCUCUCUCUCUCUCUCUCUCUCUCUCUCUCUCUCUCUCCAAAUGCCCCUGGAAAACGCUCUGAUGUCUCAUUCUCUUUUGCCUGAAAUUUGAAGCUCUCUCUCUCUCUCUCUCUCUCUCUCUCUCUCUCUCGUCUCUAAAAAAUCGCGCGAAAACAAGAUGGCAGAAAUCAGGAGAAGUUCUGCGGAAGUGGAAACAAGGAAACUGAAGCGAACGAUCAAUGGCGGUGAAAUCUCAGCGAUUUCUGUCAAUCGGUUGAUGGAUUUGCAUACUAACUCGUCUGAAUGAGGAAGAUGAGGAAAACAUAGAUACGUUUUGUGGAUGCUGUCGGAUGAUUUUGAAAAAAAGGAAUACUGCUUAGUUCUUUUUUGGUUGAAUGAAUACAUACUCCCGAGAUUCUCACUAUCAACGUUCUUGGGACAUAACAGAGCAGUUUGAAAUGAACAGCAACCGGCAGGCGGAGGUCCACUACAUAGAUACUGGAUUUCCUUUCACCAUCACUGAGAGUUUCAUGGAUUUGUUUGAAGGCCUUACAUAUGUUCAAGCGGAUUUUGCUCUUGCUGGAGCCUUGCAGGAUCAGGAAAAUUCAUAUUGGUCGAUGCAUAUGAGUCCAUACAAGUAUGGACUGUCUGGUUCAGGCGGUUCUCCAUAUUAUAGUCAUACUCAUGGCGAUGAGGUAAACGAUAAUGUACUGAGAAUGGACGAGAGCAGGAGGGCUUGGUAUAACUCUUCAGUGACGAAUAAUGAAGUUCCGCCGCCACUAGUUCUGCAUGGAGGAAGUGAUGAUAUGACCACACAAGCUAGCCCUGAGGAAUGUAGCAUACGGAAUCACCACAAUGCGAGUAGUUCUCAGGUCAUUUGGCAAGACAAUAUUGACCUAGACAAUAUGACUUAUGAGGAGUUGCUGGAUUUGGGUGAAGCAGUUGGAACUCACAGCCGAGGUCUUUCCCAAGAACGUAUCUCUUCACUUCCAAUCUCAAAAUACAAGUCUGGCUUCUUCUCAAGGAAAAAGUCACGAUGUGAACGGUGCGUGAUUUGUCAGAUGGACUAUAAAAGAGGUGACCGGCAAAUGACUCUGCCAUGCAAGCACAUCUACCAUGCCAACUGUGUGACCAGAUGGCUUAGCAUCAACAAGGCAUGCCCAGUUUGCUACAUUGAGGUAUUCAGCGAGGAAUCCAGGCAUUAGAACUCUUUGGUGAGCUCAAUCACGGCUCUCUGUUUCCACGGGCUUUGAACAUGUGAACUUCUUCCAAUGAAUAGUUGGAGUUUAACACAAACUGCGUUGAUUUUUUUUUUUGGUUCCUUUUACAUGUUUUCUUUAGCAGAACCUUCUUAGACUUGUAAUAAAGAAUCUAAUGAACCAUUUGGAAUGGAUCUUUCUGUGGUUGUGGUUGA